AUGUCUCUCAAAGCCAUUCAUGUCACGGAAGUGCCGAGCCUCGACCACUUCCCUGAGAACCCCUCCCUCUGCCCCUCUCGUUUCUCAACAGGUGUCGAACUGAGCAAAGGGGUCUCUUAUAAGAUCCCCAAGUUUCUGGUGGUGGGACAUAGAGGCCACGGCAUGAACAUGUUACAGUCGCCGGAUCCAAGGUUCUCUGAUCUCAAGGAAAACUCCAUCAUCUCCUUCAAUGCCGCUUCGAAACUCCCUCUCGACUUUAUCGAAUUCGAUGUUCAGGUCACCAGAGAUGGCUGCCCAGUCAUUUUCCACGACGACUUCAUCUACUCGGAAGAUAACGGAGUGGUGUACGAGAAGAGGGUCACGGAGGUUAGUUUGUCGGAGUUCAUGUCCUACGGGCCACAGAGGGAAACAGGCAAGAGAGGGAAGCCAUUAUUGAGAAAGUCUAAGGAAGGUAAGAUAUUGAAGUGGAGCGUCCAAGGAGACGACUCGCUCUGUACUCUCCAGGAAGCUUUCGAGAAAGUGGAGCCCAAACUGGGUUUCAACAUCGAGCUCAAGCUUGACGACAACCUCGUCUAUCCAUCCGAUCAUCUCUCCCGCCUUGUCCUCCCAAUCUUGAAGGAGGUGUGCGAUUAUGGAAAGGACAGACCCAUCAUCUUCUCCAGCUUUCACCCCGAUGCUGCCCUUCUUGUCAGGAAGUUGCAGAGCACCUACCCCGUUUUCUUCUUGACAAACGGAGGCACAGAGGUGUACCACGACGAGAGAAGGAAUUCCCUAGAGGAAGCAAUCAAACUAUGUGUGGAGGGAGGCCUCCAAGGGAUUGUCUCGGAGGUGAAAGGGGUAUUCCGGAACCCAGCCGCCGUCAACAAGAUAAAAGAAUCCAAGCUCUCUCUCAUGACAUACGGCAAGCUCAACAACGUUGCGGAGGCAGUGUAUAUGCAGCAUUUGAUGGGAAUAGAAGGAGUGAUAGUGGAUCAUGUGGAGGAGAUGACAGAGGCUGUGAGGGAGAUGAUAAAGCCAUCCAACGUAGAUACUCAUGAUACUAAGCCAAAGCCAAACUUCUCUGAGAGAGAGCUCUCCUUUCUUCUCAAGCUCAUUCCUGAGUUAAUACAGCACUAA